GCACAGCGCAUCGCUGCCGGGAAGGUCCCUGCAGCACUUGCCGGGGCUCGCGUUGUGGAUGUUGAUCUCGGGGCGAUGGUGGCCGGGACCAUGUUCCGUGGCAUGUUCGAGGAACGCUUGAAAGGCGUGAUAAAGAAGGCGGAGGAUUCAGGUGGCAAGAUAGUUCUAUUCAUCGACGAGAUGCACACGCUUCUCGGCGCCGGUGCAGUGAGGGGGGGAUGCCAGGAUGCUGCCAAUAUGCUGAAGCCGGCGUUGGCCCGUGGUCGCAUCCGCUGUGUGGGUGCGACGACUUUUGAUGAUUACCGUAAGUACAUUGAGAAGGAUGCCGCACUCGAGCGGCGGUUCCAGAAGGUGCACGUUGAGGAGCCUAGCGCGCAGGCCACCAUUGCCAUGCUGCGGGCGCUAAAGCAGCAGUAUGAACAGCACCAUGGCUUAGAAAUCCAAGAUGCCGCUCUUGUUGCUGCCGUACAGCUCGCUGGCCGCUACAUCACCGGUCGUCAAUUUCCUGAUAAGGCAAUUGACCUGAUUGAUGAGGCUUGUGCCACAGCAACCAAAACAAUGAUGCGAGUUGGCGACCAAAAAGAGAAUGUUAACACUGUGCAGUGUAGCUCUAAAAAUGCAGUGAAGGAGAUGGGAAAGGCCGGACCGUAG